UUUUUCACCAUUCCUCAACCAACGUUAAAUAGUCAUUUCUCUCAGUCUUACGACGAUAAACGACAGUGUUGGGACUCUGGUGCCAACAUUGUGCUAGUGCAAAACACUGAAAGUAAUUUCGCGUUGCAGGACCGCAUAUAUAAAACAAGCACCAUUGAGGGAGGCAGCAGUACCGGUGACCCAAGCAUCGGAGGCAGCAAUUUGAAGCUAGCAAUAACGGCUAAUCACGACGAUACUGAGUGUUUUAACGAGAGUUUCCAUAAUCGAGGAGGAGGAGGCGGUGGCCAAUCCCCGCCGACACCUACUGUCGGUAAAACCUUGCUGAACACCAGCGCAAAUCUAUUGCCGAUAACCACAGCAUCGGAUACGUUCAAUAACUUGAAGAACUUGUUGAAGAUCGACAAGGGCUCGUCGCCAACUAGCAACGGUAGCGCAGGCAUCGGCCAUCAAGGCGGCAGCGGUGGUAAUCGCUCCAAAGAAGUCGGUGGUGGUAGCGGCGUUUACAAGCGUUCGCCCAACUCAGGCGACAACGUUCGCAGUAGUUUGAACGGCGGCGGUAGCAGCAACAGAUCUGGAGCUCCAGGCGCUUCGGGACACUUUUCCUCUGGUUAUAGCAAGAAUUCCGCCAAAAUUCGUCAACACGAUUCAGAAGUAAGCCCACGGCCUCGGCGAUCUUUCCAGAACGAUUCGUCGUCGUCGCGUUACUAUAACAAAAAUAGUGACAUUUUGGGAGGCUCACAAGCUGGAGGUUUAGGCAGCAAUAACAACUCCAAUUCUGGAGGUAAUCCGUACAGUGGCAGCAACAGUAGUGGCGGCACUGGCGGACGUGGCGGUGGUUCAUUGAACGCUAACAACAAUAGCAGCGGUGCAUACCACAAUUCCCACUCGGAAAGCAAUAGCGGCGGUAGCGGCAGCGGUCGACGCAAUUAUCAACCACACAAUUCCGAUGGCGGCGGUUAUUCGCGUAAUUUAAAUUCGGGAGGCUCGGGCAGCGGAUACCGCUCUCAACGCUACGAAAACGGCAAUGGAAACGGACAACAGCGUCAGUACGGUUCUUCAACUAACGCUGGCUAUAACAACUAUCAUAACAACUACAACAACAACAAAUCAUACGGACCACGAUCAUCCGCCAAUGAUGGCAAUGUAAACAGUUAUCGUUCAUCGCAUCAACGAGAGAGAGGCGACCGAGAGAGAGAUCGCGAUCGCGACGAUUACGGCGUCAACGGUAGCAGCAAAAAUUAUCGUGACUACGACGAUUCUCCCAGAGGUGUUGGGGGAGGGGGCGGAGGCGUAAGUGGCGGUGGACGCUACACCAACGGAACAUCCAACAGUGAUCGUAAUAUUACAGCCAACGGUUCAUCUGGAAGCAAUACAAACAGCCUAGAGCGUCGUUUGCCACCCUCUGCUUUGCGCUCAUCGGGCAUAGAGCGAAGUGGUAGCUCCUCAUACGAACACCGUGAACGAGAUCGUUCGCUGAACAAUCGCUCACCCCCCGUACGUGGAGGAGACCGAGACCGCGGGGACCGUGAUGCAUUGGGCGGCCGACAAGAUUUAUCAUCCGGACAGUCAUCAACCGUAAACUCUUCAUCUUCUUCGCGUGGCAUAUCGCCAAAUUCUGGCGUCGGUACAUCGGCAUUAACUGCAGGUGUAUCCAGUCAACAACCCACACCGGCUGCAACUCCACCACCAUCUGCUGGUCGUUGGGUGCCGCCAUCAUUGCGUCCUCAACAUGGACUUACUCAAGCCGAAAAGAAUGAUGCUGUAUUCAGAAGGGUCCGUGGUAUUCUUAACAAGUUGACUCCAGAAAAAUUCCAAGAACUUAGCGACGAACUAUUAAAACUCGAUUUAAAUUCAAUUGCAAUUUUGAACGGUGUUAUUCUGCUGAUUUUCGAUAAAGCUUUGGAUGAGCCCAAGUACUCGUCUAUGUACGCACAGCUGUGCAAACGUUUAUCACAAGAAGCCCCAUCAUUUGAGAAGGAACCAGGAGGUUUAAGCACAUUCUUACGUUUACUCAUUGCCGUUUGCCGCGACAAAUUCAACAAUCGCCAAAAGCGCGACGACGAAGCCGAUUCACAAUUCAACAAAGUACAUCGUCCCCAAGCACUAGCCGAAAAUGAUGCUGAUGAGGAGGAGCGCCGCCAUUUGGCCAAACAGCGCAUGUUGGGCAACGUUAAAUUCAUUGGAGAACUCCACAAGCUGGACAUGUUGGCCAAAAAUGUUCUGCACCAGUGCAUCUGCGAACUUUUGGAUAAGAAGAACAAGCGUACGGCCACGAAGGAGGAACUGUGCGAGGACAUGGAGUGCUUGGCACAGUUGCUCAAGACGUGCGGCAAGAACCUGGAUUCAGAACAGGGCGAAGAGCUGAUGAACCAGGUCAUGAACAAAUUGGAACGACGAUCGAAAUCAACUGAUUAUCCACCCAGAAUACGUUUCCUCUUGAAAGACGUAAUCGAAUUGCGUGAAAACAAUUGGGUACCUCGCAAAGUGGGCACCGCUGAGGGACCAGUGCCAAUAAAGCAAAUUCGCACUGAUGAUGAGCCAAUUAUCCGAACUCCAUUCGCUAACCGCAAUCGUGACAUGCGUAAUAAUCGUGAUGACCGCGACAACGACAGUUGGAUGGGUCGAUUAUCUUUGAAUUUACAACCGGGAGGUUUGAACGACAUGUUCUCGGGACUUAGUGUUACAGGAGCAUCGCCAAUUAUAUCACCAUUUACCACGCCCGUGGCUAAUAACAGACAGUAUAAUUCCAAUAAUCGUGAUCGCAACCAACAAGGAGGUAGUGGCAAUUACAACAGCAACCGCUACAAUAAGCACAAUCAACAGAAUGGUCCCGGCACCGGAGGAGGUGGCAAUCGCGAAGAUCGCCCUCACAACCGGGAUAGAGGAGAUAGAGACCGCGAUCAAUCAGGCCAAUAUCCAUACAAUGGCGUGAAUCCACUGAACAAGGACUUAGCACCGCGCUUCAAACGCAACAUCAUAACACCCAACCAAGAUUCCGUAGAAAACUUGCAAAUGAGACCGGCUGCCAAUUCGCUACUCUUUAAGGCAGCCUCCCAGAAUCAAAAACUUCCAUCGAUGCUGCCCAUGUCCACGCCACCAUUGAGCAACAGCAGCAAUACUCCUCUGUCGGGAGGACUUGGCAGACUGGGUGGUGGCAACAAGGAUGUGCAACUUUCGAAUGCACAAUAUCCGCUAUUAGGAACACCAACAACACACCUCACAUCCAUUCAGCAACAACAGCACCAACAAAGUCCAAGACCAUCUUCCACACCAUCAGCUGAGGCCGAAUUCAAAUCUGGUAACGGCCUCGAGAAAUCUCUCAAGAGUACUUCUUCGAAUCCAGACUUUGCCAAGAACUCUUCUAGCUUUGACAUCAAUGAUAGGAAGUCCCGCUUGAAUACACCUACGUCACAACUAGUGACCAAACAGGGUUCAACGGAAAAAUCUGGUGCUAAUGUAGCUGCUGGUAGUGGUUCGGCUGCCAAGCAACAGAAGAAGGAUAAGGCCUUCAACAAGGAUGAGGUGCUCAAGAAAACUGCCAGCUACAUCAAGGAUAAGUUCUUUUAUGCCAAGGAAGAGAGCGCCGAAGAGGAAGAUAAAAAAUUGGCUGACGUUGUUGAAGGUUUCAUGGAACUGAAAGUGCCAGAAAAGUGUAUGAAGGAUGUUUGCAUCAACUGCAUAUUGGAUGUCUUGGAAAAGGCCGAUGAUCAUUACCUAGAAAGAGUUUUGAAAUUCCUGCAAAGCCUGAAGAAGCAAAUCAACUUGAAGAACAAUAUUGUCUUGGAAGUGUUUAAACAAGUAGUGAAGAAAAUGAAUGAGCGCGAAGCUCUGAAUCCCCGCAUAACUACUUUUGUGGCAAUCCUGCUGGCCAAGGGAACCGUUGGCGAAUCUGCCCUUUUGAAGCUCAGCGACAUUGCGAACUACACCGACAAUGGUCAACAUUAUCCAUUGUUUUUGUUGGUGCUUCAACAGUUGUGUAAACUUAUAGGCAAGGAACCACUGGAGGAAAUAUUCCGCGCUAGUAAAAUUGAUUUGAUGAACUGUUUGCCAGAGGUGGACCGCAACAAGACCCGUUUGGCUGAGAUUCUAGAGGACCGUUCAUUGACGUUCCUCUACCCGCUGCUGAAGGUUCAGGCCGAAAUGAGCAAACAGUUGAACUCGAAUCCUGAUCCCACAGCCUUCUACAAGUGGAUCAAGGCCAAUGUUGAGUCGAAAUAUUACAAAGAGGAAGGUUUUAUCAGUGCUCUAAUGACAGUUGUCGUCAAAUACGUAACAUCAAAAACCAGUUUCCCUGAAGGUACAGACGUCAAAGUUUGUCCCGACAAGGCAACCAUUCAAAAAGAAGAAAGUCUGUUUGAAAACUACUGCCAAAUCCUUAAGUCGUUCUUGGGCCACAGUAUUGAGUUGCAGCUUUUAGCCAUCUAUGCUCUGCAAGUAUUUUGCGUUAAUGAGAACUUCCCCAAAGGUAUGUUGUGCCGUUGGUUCAAAUAUCUUUAUGAAGCUGAAGUCAUUGACGAGGAAACCUUCAUUAUGUGGAAAGAAGAAAUAUCUGACAAGUAUCCUGGAAAGGGUGCAGCUUUAUUCCAGGUUAAUAACUGGCUGACUUGGUUGCAAGAGGCCGAAUCUGAGGAUGAUGAAGACUAAAU